GUGCAAUGGCUUGACGCUGCUUUCGGCCGGAUGUCUUAAUCGCCGGAAGUAAGUAGUCAACAGUUUUGUUUUCAUCUGUUUUGUUUCACAUUUUAACACGACGUCCGUACGGAUAUGCUGCUCAAAAUCUUCCAUGCUUCGGAAAUUUACAGUUUUUCUACUUUUCGUAGGCGAAUUCGCGAAUAUUUAUAAAUUUUUCAAACGUUGGGUUACAGAGAAUCGUUAUAGCUUUUACUAAUGCCUUCCUCACCGAAACACAACAGAGGGAAAGAUGGGAACGAGGUGAGACGGCGCAAUUUGGAUGCGGAUCGGCGACGGUCCCCAGAAGAGCGUUUUGCAAAACGAAGAAGAUCGCAAUCACCUUCCACAUCAGCCCAUGACCGCCCUCGAAACUCGCAAACAGAGCGGACGCAGCGUAGACAUGCAUCUCGGGAACCCAGUGAUUCGCAUUCCAGGCGAGACGACUCGCACAGGGAACGAGACCGUAGGCACCGUAAUACGGACCAGCCAGAUCAGCGCCGUAACUCCUCCGAUCAUCGACAACAAAAUCGCGAACGACAUGGAUGUGAAGGAAGACCCGCGCGUGAUCAACGGGAACGCGACCGUAAUAAUUCGCGGCCCUCCACGGAUGCACAGGAUGUGCAGACAGGCUACGGUCGCCAGGCUGAUUCACCCCCGCCCGAGCCGAAUGCUGCAAAUGUAAAAACGGAAAAGCCGAAUUUCGGAUUGUCUGGCAAACUUCUGGAGGACACGAAUACGGUAAACGGGGUGGUUAUUCAGUAUUCACAGCCGGACGAAGCCAGAAAACCGAAAGUACGAUGGCGAUUGUAUCCAUUUAAAGGCGAUAGCUCCUUGCCCACCAUGUACAUUCACCGUCAAAGCGCAUAUCUGCUUGGUCGAGAUCGGCGCGUCGUAGACAUUCCCAUUGACCAUCCAUCCUGUUCCAAGCAGCACGCGGUGAUUCAGUACCGUCUGAUUCCAGCUGAGAAAGAGGAUGGGACAGUCGUUCGACGAGUGAAGCCCUACAUCAUAGAUCUCGGUUCGGCUAAUGGAACAUCCGUGAAUGGAAAGCGCAUUGAAGCCCAAAGAUUUGUAGAGCUAUUGGAAAAAGAUGUCAUAAAGUUUGGCUUUAGCUCAAGAGAAUACGUGAUGCUGCAUGAAGGCAGCAAAGACGACGAGUAUCACAGUGAUGACGAAGAUGGCAACAAAUCCAGCUGACAUGGGGGUUAGCGCUAGUGGGCAGAUGAAUUAUUUUCAUUUUUUCAUGUUUUGUUUUUGGAUUACGAUAUUGCUACUGUAAAUUGGCUUUUUCCUGUACAUAAUGGAUAACUUUGUUGUACGGACCAGUGUAUUAACAAA